AUGUCCGCAUAUCUCAGUACUGUCACCACCUCUGACAACGUUACACAAUUCGAGGCCGAAGAGUUGAUGUUCGAACUCAAGCCUCCUUCGGCACCAGCACACCCGUUCAAAGAUCCCAAAUCUAAUGCGAACGCAGAACAGUUGCUCAGGCACUCUUUCGAGACGAAUACGGAUGCCGGAGUUUUGUGUCGUGGACAGAUUGCGUCAUACCUUACAGAGUUGUUCAAUCGCCAGCACCGCAAGCACGGGUUUGUGGUCGAUGUCGCAAACGACGGGAUGCGCUUCAUUAGGGCCGACCGCUCUGGAGCAAUUGUUUCGCGGCUGUUCAACUGGCGACAGGAGCCUCAAACCUUCACUGAAUUUCUUUUGCGAUUCGCUCACCUCACACCCGGACAACGUGGACAUGAUACAACCGUGCGACCCGCCACGGCACAUGAGAAAGGACUCGCCGUACUUAACCUCCAACCCUGGGCGCCUAAGAGGGAACGGCCCAUCGUCGUCCUUCGCGUGCCCGAGGACGACGGUAGAUUCCAUGAGGUCAUUGCUUGGGGUGCUAUGGCGGGCGCAGAUUCGUUGACCGGAAAAGCAACACGCGCUUGGCCGGUUUAUGAUCUCAAGCUUGAGAAAGUUGUUUUCCUGAAGGAUGCGUGGCGCUCACUUAUGCCGGGGAUGGAGAAAGAGUCGGAUAUCUUGUCGCAACUGAACCAAGCGGGGGUGCGCAAUGUUUCAGGGCUCGUUUGCGGUGACGACAUUGCAGGUCACCUCACACGCACUCAUGAAUUCAUAUCUAAGCCUUGGAACGUUGGAGGAACUGUGAUUACACCUCGGGCUCAGCAUCGUUUCCUUGAGGAUUUCGUUGGCAAACAUUUGUGCCACUUUACUUCAUCGAAACAACUCAUGCAAACUGUUUAUGAUGCGUUUAUCGAUGCGUAUGAGAAGUGUGGAAUACUCCACCGCGAUGUCAGCGGAAACAACGUCAUGAUGUCAGUAGAUGGUCGCGGCAUCCUCAAUGACUGGGAUCACGCGAGAAAAAUAUCCGACAUGGCCAAUGGUCCACGGCAAUUCUCUCGCUCAGGAACUUGGCAUUUUAUGUCAGUCUUUCUUGAAAAACCGCACAAGGUUCAAGAUUUGCAAGAUGAUAUUGAGUCAUUCUUUUACGUCGUCCUUUACCACGUCAUUCGCUAUAUGAAACACAACAAGCUAUCCGAGGUAACGAACAUCAUGGAGAAGGUCUUCGAUGACUAUACCGAACAUGCCGACGGGCAACUUACAGGCGGUAGCGGGAAAAGCGGCAUGAUCACACGUCGGCUACACGUAGAAAAAGACUUUGAGAUCUCCAGCAACAGACUGUUAAACUCCUGGCUUCAAUACAUGUUGAACUCUCUCAAAGAGUGGCUAUUCCACAUAGAGAGUUUUGACAAGCCCUGCUACUGGGCUGAAGAUAAGGAUGAUGACGGUGGCGAAAUCGUGAGCGCCAACCAGGACGAGACUGGCAACAUGGGUGUGGGCCCAAACUCGAAGGCUGCUUCGUUCCACCAGCGAGCCGUGAGCCCCCUUGCCGCUUCUGAACAUCUCAAGUUGCACAACCAUCGUCUCAUUGAGGCAAAGUGGCGUGCUCUGCUCAACAAGGGAGAGUGGCCUGCGAACGAUGGUCCCGUCGACCACCUUUCAGAUGUAUCCCUCAAACGAACGCACGAUGGUGAACUCGGGCUUCCUUUCAAGAGACGUCGUACUGGCAUCGAUACAGGCUCAGCCUUGGUCAAUACCAUGCCUGACAUUUUUGGUCGGGCGACUCUCUCGCAACAGCGCGUUUCUCCACGAAACUCAGCUCGCCCCAGUCAUAAAGCAGCCCAACGAUCCACCCCAUUCCCAUCUCGAAAAUUUACUUUGUAA